UCUAAGAAAAUUUUGAUUUUUUCAUAAAUAAUGAAAUGAUUAGAUACAUGAUUGAUUUGUUUUUGAAUAGAAUCAACACAAAAAACAAUAACAAAAAUUAAUCAUGCAAAAAAUCGAUACACGUCAUACGUAUCAACAAAUGAUACAACAACAUCAAACGGCUGCACAGAAUUUUCAGCCAACAAAUCAAUUAAUAUUAGCAUCCGGUGGUUAUGAUAAUACUAUUCGUAUGUGGAAUGUUGAUAAAGGUUUUUGUGAUAAAUUUAUACAGAAUACGGAUAAUUCACAUGUAAAUGCAUUAGCUAUAACGCCCAAUCGUGAGCUAUUAGCAUCGGCUGGUUUUCAGCAUAUUCGUUUAUAUGAUGUUCAAUCGAAUGCGAAUACACCGUUGAUUAAUUUUGAAGGUAUUUCUAAGAAUGUCUCAAGCAUUGGAUUUAGUCCAAGCACUACAUUUAUGUAUACGGGUGGUGAAGAUUUUUAUGCACGUAUAUGGGAUACACGUUCACGAAGAUUAACAUGUCAAAGACAUUGUGGCCUAAAGACACCGAUCAAUUCAUUGUUUUUACAUCCAAACGAAAUUGAAAUCUAUAUAGCUGAUCAAAGUGGUUCGAUUUGGAUAUGGAAUCUACAAAAUGAUCAAUUACAACGUUUAUUUGUUACUAAUGAUGGUUUUAUUCAACAUAUUGCCUAUGAUAAAGAAUGUCGAUUAUUGGCGGCUAUCGAUACAUUAGGUAAAUGUUAUAUAUUUCAAAAAAAUGGUGAAAUGACCGCUAGUGGUUAUCUACAUCGUAGGCUUAUAUUUCAAGCACAUGAUAAAUAUGGUCUUAAAUGCUGUUUUUCACCCGAUUCAACAUUAUUGGCAACAACAUCGGCCGAUACUACUGUAAAAUUUUGGCGUACAUCCGAUCUAUCAAUUGUAAAUUCAACAAAUACCAUUCAAAUCGAUGAUCCAUCAGAGACUAAAGCAAAUCAAAAACCUAAAUCACAAACAAAUGCAGGUGCAUAUGAACAUUUUUUGCGUUGUAAAGAUCUAUGGCGAAAUACCGAUGAUGCGGCUGCUGGUGAUCCGGCUGCUUUAGCAAUGUUAGGCGCACCAUUUCUUGCAAGAUUAUUUCCAUGGAAAAAGAUUCAACCACAAAAACCACCACGUUGUUAUCUGAAACGACGUCGUCAUAAUCAUUCAUGUGAUGCAAGUAAUCGAAAUACAUGUUGUAAAUAUGUAAACAAUAAUCAUAAUGGUGGUCGAUCAAGUGUUAAUGGAUGUGCACGUUGUUCUACUUUGACCAAUGGUUAUCGUAAUCGAUCGAUUAACAGUUUUAAUAUAUUACAAUCUGCAUUGAAUGAUUCAAAACAAUUCGAUAAAAAUGACCGUAAUAGUUCUCAACAACAACAGCAACAUGAUCAUCAUCACCACCAUCAUCAUCAUUUUCAUCAUUCACAAUUCAAUGGAAAUAAUUUAUAUCAAUCAGUUUAUACCAAAUAUUUGGAUAAUAAUUAUAAUGAAUUGUAUAAUAAAUUGGAAGGUCUUAGUUUACAAAAUGGUGGUCAAACAACACAUAAUAACGAUAUAUUUACAUUGGAACAACAAGAAGAUGAAGAAUUUUUACGUAUAAUUAAAGAAUUAAAACUAGUCGAUAGUGAUUUUGAUGAUGAUGAUGAUGAAUCAGAUGAUGAAAAUGAUAAUCUACAAACUGAAAAUGGACAUAUUAAUUCGAUUGAAAUUAAAACCUCGGAUGAUGAUGAUGAUGAUGAUGAUUUAGAUGAUGGUAUUGGUGAUAUUGUUCAACCGAUAACAAUUGAAAAUAAUAAAAAAAAUUAUAUUGGAAGAAUGAAGAAAAAAUCAUUAACAAAUUCACAACAACAACAACAACAGAAUGUUGAUUGUUGUUGUUCAUGUGAUUUGCCAAAUUUUCUAAAUAAUGAUAAUAAUUUUAAUGAUAAUGAUCAAUAUGAAAAUGGUGGUGGUGAAUUAUAUGAUAAUAAUGAACGAACAGCAGUGAAGAAAAAACAGAAAAAUGAAUGGUCAUUAACUGAACAGAUAACACCAUUUCAGAUGCUUAAACGAACGAAUCAAAGAUGGGUUUGGGAUCUUGCAUUUUCAGCUGAUUCACAAUAUGUUUUCACUGCAUCAUCCGAUCAUUAUGUACGAUUAUGGUCAGUUUAUAGUGGUCAAAUGACACGAGAAUUUAGUGGCCAUCAAAAAGCUGUUACUGCAUUAGCAUUUUCCGAUGUUUUUGUUGAAUGA